GCGGCAGCAUGAAUGAGGCAGAGGGCCUGCGACAGCGGCGACCGCUCCGCCCGCAGGUCAUCACCGAGGACAGCCCGGCGCAGGUGGCCAAGGAAGGCAGCACUUACAGCAGCAAGGUGUUCCGUGUCACCUUCUUAACUUUGGCUGCAUCUCUGACUGUGCCCCUGCUUGGAGUAACUCUUCUGCUGGACUCUCCUAUAGACCCUCAGCCUAUAAGCUUGAAGGAGCCUCCCCUGCUGACGGGCGCGCUUGAGCCCAACGUCAAGCUACGGAAAGCUGAGAGGUUAUGGGAAAAUCAAGUGCUUGGGCCAGAGUCCAUCGUCAAUAUUGGGGAUGUGCUGUUUACUGGGACAGCUGAUGGGAAGAUUCUCAGGAUUGAAGAUGGGGAGAUAGAAACAAUAGCCAGAAUUGGCCAUGGGCCUUGUGGGAGCCGUGAGGAUGAGCCGACCUGUGGAAGGCCACUGGGCAUCAGAGUGGGGCCAAAUAACACCCUCUUUGUGGCAGAUGCCUAUUAUGGACUCUAUGAGGUCAACCCUAGCACAGGGGAAACGAAACUGCUUGUGUCGACCAAGACACCAGUUGAAGGUCAGAAGCUGUCAUUCUUGAAUGACCUUACAGUGACCCAGGAUGGGAGGAAGAUCUACUUCACCGACUCCAGCAGCAAGUGGCAACGACGAGACUACCUGUACUUGAUUAUGGAGGGCACAGAUGAUGGGCGCUUGCUUGAAUAUGACACAGUAACAAAAGAAGUGAAGGUCUUAAUGGUGGGACUGAGAUUUCCCAAUGGUGUCCAGCUCUCACCUGCAGAAGACUUCGUCCUUGUGCAGGAGACAACCAUGGCCAGAAUCAGAAGGUAUUAUGUGUCUGGGUUGAUGAAAGGGGGAGCAGAUAUGUUUGUGGAGAAUCUGCCUGGUCUUCCAGAUAACAUCAGGCUCAGCAGCUCGGGAGGCUAUUGGGUGGCUAUGGCAGCUCUCCGUCCCAACCCUGGAUUCUCAAUGCUGGAUUUCCUCUCUGAAAAACCAUGGCUCAAAAGGAUGAUAUUUAAGCUGCUGAGCCAGGAAACAGUGACCAAGUUUGUGCCCAAGUACAGCCUGGUUGUUGAACUGAGCGAGACAGGAUCCUACAGGAGAAGCUUCCAUGAUCCCAAUGGGGUGACAGCAGCUUAUGUUAGUGAAGCACAUGAGCACAAUGGAUAUCUUUACCUGGGCUCCUUCCGGUCUCCAUUUAUCUGCAGACUUAACCUUCAGCAUGUUUAGCUGCCCAGCCAUGACCAAGUGCCACUGUCUCUAGCACUCCUGAGGUACCAAGGAAGAGUGUGACCAAGGGCAAAAAGUCUCUCCCUGCUGUCUUGCUCCUUGGAGUUGGCACACAUCAUUAUUAAUAGCUGAGGAAGGUGGUGGGACAUCUCCACAUGAUUAUGUGCUCCUUAGAGAAGAUCCACUGCCCUUCCAUGCCCAGCCCUGUUCUGGAGUCCUCUUAACCAGACCUCACCUGCCACCUUGGGUGCAACUGUAUGUCUCCUGGCAACUGGAAGGAUUUGUGAUGUAUGGCAUUUGAUUGUGUAUGAUUUGGAUUGAAGAGGGUGGUGUCUUGCAUGUGUUUAUGUGUGGUUUAGAGCCUCCCCGCUCAGGAGUGGCUGCAGUGCAUGUUCUAAUGUCAUACCAUGGUGCUGUGGGGGAGGCAGCAGCAUCCAGGACAUGCCUAGAAAUCUAGUGAUAGCAUUUCUUCCAUUCCAGCCUGUGUAACCCCCACCAGACACUACAAUUAACUGUUAAUCAACAUGCAGAAUCAAAUCUGAGCCUCAUCUGUGGACUCCUGUGCUUCUUUAUAGUGAGGUGAAGAACAAAAGUUGCAUUUUCCUGUGUUACUCGAGAGUAGUUCCAGGGAGUUUAAACAGGGUCACUUGUAGUAUUCCCUCUGUAUUUACCAGGUCCUGCAGGUCUGUUCAGUAUGUAGGUGGCCAUUCCAGACAGAGAGGGACAGCUGCAGGACUCACAGAGUGGU